AUGGUUCCCAGUGUAUUCAAGCUUCCAACUUGCUUCGUUGUUUUCCAAGAGACUGGAGCUGGGGCCAUAGCUAUGUUUUCUAAUUGGUUUGGUGCUUUGAAUUGGUGUGGAAGAAGUGAUGAUCCUGCGGACCAGCCGCAUGAACAAGUGGUUGCAACUAAAAAAUUUAGCUAUAACUCAUUGAGAUCAGCAACGGAAGAUUUUCAUCCUUCUAGUAAAAUUGGUGGAGGAGGUUAUGGAGUUGUCUACAAGGGAGUUUUAAGGGAUGGUACUCAGGUUGCUAUCAAGUCUCUUUCUGUUGAGUCUAAACAAGGAACUCGUGAAUUUAUGACAGAAAUUGAUAUAAUAGCAAACAUACGACAUCCAAAUCUUGUGGGACUGAUUGGCUGCUGUAUUGAGGGUAGUCAUCGAAUACUGGUUUAUGAAUUUAUGGAGAACAAUAGCCUUGCCAGCUCUUUGCUUGGUUCAAAAAGUAAAUAUGUUGCUCUGGAUUGGCCAAAGAGGGCUGCUAUUUGUUGUGGCACAGCUUCUGGUCUAUGUUUCCUUCACGAAGAGGCUCAACCAAGCAUUGUUCACAGGGAUAUCAAGGCCAGCAACAUAUUGUUGGACGGUAACUUUAAUCCGAAAAUUGGGGAUUUUGGUCUUGCAAAACUUUUUCCUGACAAUGUCACCCAUGUUAGUACUCGAGUUGCAGGAACUGUGGGGUAUCUUGCCCCAGAAUAUGCACUUCUGGGACAACUUACAAAGAAGGCAGACGUUUACAGUUUUGGGAUUCUCAUGCUUGAAAUAAUCAGUGGGAAAAGUAGUAGCAGAGCUGCAUUUGAAGCUGAUUAUUUGGUUUUGGUGGAAUGGGUUGGAACUUACAUCCAGUUCCCAACAAGAGGUGAGAUUGUCACUACUCAGCAGCAAGCUUGGAAGCUGAAAGAAGAAAAUAGGCUUCUAGACCUUGUUGAUUCAGAACUAAGUGACUAUGAUGAGAGUGAGGUGUAUCGGUUCCUUGUGGUGGCUCUAUUUUGCACCCAAUCAGGUGCUCAACAUAGGCCAAACAUGAAACAAGUAUUGAAAAUGCUUUCCAAGGAAGUUCAUCUUAAUGAGAAGGCGUUGACUGAGCCUGGAGUAUACAGAUGGCACAACAAUGGAGAAAGGGGUCGUUCUUUGAAUGAGACAUCAUCUCAGCCAAUCAAGUACAAAACUACUGAAAAUCCACAUGAAGCAACGUCAACCCACUUUAGUGGUACAGAUGUUGUGACUGAGAUGUUUCCAAGAUGA